GCCCGCCGGCCCGGAAGGAGCCAACGGAGUGCCCGCGGCGGCUGACUCAAGCGGUGAGAGCCCGUUACCACCGGCGCCAGCGGCCGGGUCGACGCUGUGGUUUCGGUGCGCGCCGUAGGCGGGAGGCCUAAUGCGCUCUCCGCACGCAACUCACAGGCGGCCCCGCCGGUGGUCGCGGCUCUGUUCCGCAGGGUCCUAGGCGGACGUUUUCGGCUCCUCCCGGAAGCCUCUAGAGCACCAGGGUCUGCUGGGGUCUGCAGUGCAGGAUGGCCCUGGGUUGACCCUGCUGGGGUCUGCAGUGCAGGAUGGCCUUGGGGUGACCCUGCUGGGGUCUGCAGGACGGUCCUGGGGCGACCCUGCUAGGGUUUGCAGGACCGUCCUGGGGUAACAGUGCCUCCCCCAUGGUGGGGACCGGGCGCCCUCUGGCUGCCGGGAAGCUCAGCGCCUCCUCACCAUGUGUGCUUGGACCAGGACUUUAUACUCCUUUCCGCAGAGACGUCACUUGCUUACUGACCAUGGGGCCCCUGAAUCGGGAAGCCUGGGCCCGGCGCCUGGCGGCUUUCCGGGCCAGUCCAUCCACCUUCAUGGCACGGGCCGAAAGUGAGGAUUUGGGUCUCGACCUGCUGAGCGACUUAAGGAGUGACAAACUGAGCGAGCAGACCAAGGUUUCCUUGUUGGCACUGAGCUUGGAGUACUCAGACAAACUGUGGCCUGAUGCACCUGCUGCAGAGGCUGCCGUCACCUCCCUGUUGGACACUCUGAUCCUCCUACCCCCAAGACCUUCAGCUCUGCGCAGGCCCCUGCUGCUGGCAGCCACCACAGCCCUGGUGGCAGGGGGGGCUCUGGGACCCACCUCUGAAGCUUCCUGUCGGCUCCUGCCCCUACUGCUACGCUUAGCUUCAGGCCAAGAUGUGGGACGAGCCUUUGGACCCACCGCAGAACAGCACCCCUUACAGGCCACAGCGUGUGAGUGCCUGCGGGAGCUCGAGAGCUGCAAACCGGGGCUGCUGGGAAGCUCCCUGGGGCUGCUGCGGAGCCUCCUGGGACAAAUGGGGCCGGUCCAACCCCUCAGUCUGCUGCUGGCUCUUGUGCUGCACAACACUUUGGUGGCCCAAUCGAGGUCUGGGGUUGGACUGCAGGGCCUGCUUGUGGCUGGGGCCUCCUCCACUGGGGGUAGCCGCUGGGACUGGACACUGGCUGAGGAGGGGGAUGCCCACCUUCAGCCCCAGGCACCCAGUUGGCCCACAGCUGAGGAGGGGGAGUGUGGCCUUUCGAUACUAGAGCCCAGCCCUGAGGAGGCCCGGGAGCUGAGGGCUGCCGUGGCUCAGCUUCUAGACACCUCCUACCUGCUCACUCCUGUGGCCCAGGCCCACCUUCUGUGGCUCCUGGGCUGGGCGAUGCGGGGUCUUCGGGGACAGCUACCAAUGCUUUUCAAGCCACAGCUGGUUCGGCUGCUGGGCACAGCACAGCUGACACUGCUGCACUCGGUUCUUGCCCUCAAGGCCACCUUCGGUGAGGCCUUGUUCACCACUCAGGAUGAGGCCCUGCUGCUCCGCAGGCUCACCUUGGCCGCCCAGCACCCAGCCUUGCCUUCGCCCACCCAUCUCUUUUACCUGCACUGCCUCUUGAGCUUCCCUGAGAAUUGUCCACUGGGGCCUGAAGGGGAGGAGGCUGCCCCCCUGCUACUGGGGCCCCAGUUAUGUCGUGGUCUCAUGCCUAGUCUCCUGCAUGACCCGAUGGCCCUCCUGGCUCACCUGCACUUGUUGUGUCUGCUCUGUGCUGAAGAUGAGGAGGAGGACAAAGGCCAGGCUCAGAGCCCACGGCAGUUCUUGGUGGAACUGCUGACUGGCCUGCUGCAGAGGGCAGCCCUGGGUGAUGGUCCCCGAGCCUUGGCCACUCUCUGUUUCCAGGCCACAUACCUGACUGCCAGCUGCCUGGCAGGGCAGCCUGCAAUACUGACACCCUUGAUCCAUGGACUGGCCCAGCUAUACCAGGCUCGACCUUCACUAGUGCCGCACUUUGUGGACCUCUUGGAUCGGGUGGGCCCUGAGCUGGGAGAGCCCCUCAGGAAGGUCCUGUGGCAGGAGGUGGUAACCAGGCCAGGCCCGGGUGAAGCUCUUGGCUGGCACCUGCAGAUGCUGGCAGAGGUGGCAGAGGGAGGUGCUCAGAGUGCCACCCUCAGCUUUCUACAGGCUACAGCCCCCCACUGCACCGACUGGGGCCUACAGCAGGCCCUGCUGCAGGUCUGUCGGGCCUUGCUGCAGACCAGUGGGGGAGAUGGCCUGGCAGACUUGCUGCAGAUGCUGGCCAGGCAGCUGGAGGACCCUGAUGGGCGGGACCAUGCCCGCCUCUACUAUAUGCUCUUGGCCCACCUGGCAAGUCCCAAGUUGGGGGUGGCCCUGGGCCCCUCACUUGCUGCACCUGCCUUGGCUUCUUCACUGGUGGCAGAGAACCAAGGCUUUGCGACAACACUGAUGGUUCAGGAGACCCCAGCCCCAAUUCAGUUGAGUGUGGGGCGGCAGAAGGCCAGAGGCCCACUCCCAGUGCUUCGGCUUCAGGUGGAGGCACUGGAGGCUGUCUACUCUAUGGAGCUGCGCUUCUGUGUCAAAGGACAACUCUAUGAGCCUUUGGAGGCCAUCCACAUACCCUGCCUGUGUCCAGACCGGCCUACCCAUCCUCUGUACCUGACCCUGAAGCCCCGACGCCCAGCCCCUACCCAGCUACAGGUCCAGGCUCUUUAUACCACAACCACAGGCCUCACAUGCCAUGCCCACCUGCCACCCCUGUCUGUGAACUUUGCUGAUCUUUUUCUGCCUUUUCCCCAGUCCCCCAAGGGCUCUGAGCUGAGUUUCUUUGAGGAACUCUGGGACUCCUGCCUGCCAAAGGGUGUGGAAAGCCGUGUGUGGUGUCCACUUGGGUCACAGGGCCUGGAGACCUUGGUGUCCCAGCACCUGGAGCCCUUCGUGGUGGUGGCCCAGCCCCCCACCAGCUACCACAUAGCCGUCCACCUGCCCCCUCACUCGAUGCUGCUGCUGCGGCUGGAAGCAGCCCAGGCAGAUGGAGUGCCUGUGGCCAUCAGGACUGAUGACUGGGCCGUGCUGCCUAUGGCAGGAGACUACCUCCGUGGGCUUGCAGCCUGUUGAGUGACCCCUGGGAGGCCAGGUGGGACAGGACUGGUGGCUCUUGGGACUGGCCCAGCGGGUUGCUAAGGGUCAUAACAUAUUCUUGCAGCUCCAAUUCCAUAAAAACUAACAUUCACUAC